AUGUCAGGUAAAAGAAGAGCUGAUAAUCAAGUUACAAGAGAGAACCUUCAUGAAUUUGAAAACGAAGAGAAUGAUGAAGCUCCAUCAGGCCCAAGUAGAGCUACCGCUGAUGUUUUGGCAAAAAGAAAAAUCUUGAAACCAAGAUCUAGACUGCAUAGAGCUGCUGGUGCCAAUGGUAAUUCAGCUGCUCCAGCUCCUUCUUCUGGUUUCUCAUUCGGUUCUAAUACUACCAAUUCUGAUGAAAAUAAGCCAGCUAAUCCAUUUGGUGGUAUUGGUGGAUUUGGUACAUCUACAUCUUCUGCCAAACCAGCAUUCUCAUUCGAUCAAUCCAAGCCAGCAGAGGAUUCUGAUAAACCAAAGACUAAUCCAUUCCAGUUUUUGGGUAAGCCACAAGAAUCUACAACAACGACAAAAGAAGAUUCAGAAAAACCAAAAUCCAAUGUGUUUUCAUUCUUAAACAAUAAUAAUAGCUCUAGCAAUACAUCAUUGACUAAAACUUCAAGUACAGAUUUAGUCUCUUCAAAACAAACAGAGAAACCUAAUAAGAUAAAGGCAUUGAAUGAUAAUUUUUAUGAUAAAAUUACUGAACAAAGACAGCUCGAUCCUGUUUCAAAUUUCACUCCAAUUUUAAGAAAAUAUAUUGACUAUUAUGACAAGAUUGAAAAUGAUUUGGAUUACUUACCAGAUGCUGAUAAUGAUACCCAAGAGAAACGAAAAGAACAAAAAGCUUUACCUGCUCCAACUUUCUCAUUUGGUAAGACUGAUAAACCAGCCAUUACUAAUAGUACUACCCCAAGUUUUUCAUUUGGUGUCAAACCAGCUGAAAAGAAAGAAGAAGUUAGAGAAGAGAAAGAGCCAACACCAAUGGAUGAAUCAAAAGAUAAUACUCAAAAUAAUGAUACCCAAGAUGUCGAGGAAAUCGACUCUGAUGACUCUGAUGAUUCCAUCAAAGUUGAAGGUCCUAAAUUUACAUUGGCUAAACCACCAACCACCACAGACUCUGUUUUCAAGCUAGAUGCAACAUCAUCAUCAGGUCCAAGUAGUUCCACUGGUCCUUCAUUCACAUUCAAAGCAGAUACCUCAAAGAAAUUCAAUAGUCCAUUCAAAUUACCAACAUCUGAAAAGAAAGAAGAACCAAAAGAAUCACCAGCAGUUGCAGAAGUUAAAUCACAAAGUAGUAAUAACUUUAGUUGGAGUCCUGAUAAACCAAUUAAAUUCAAUGGAAAUGAUGAUAAAGAGAAAGAAGAGAGCGCACCAAAACCAGCAUUUUCAUUCGGUGAAACUACAAAGCCAGCAUUUUCUUUUGGUCAAUCCACUGAAAAGAAAGAUGAAACUUCAUCAAAACCAGCGUUUUCUUUUGGUACUUCAACAUCACAAGAUAAGCCAGCCUUAAGUUUUGGCGCUAAUAAUGGAUCGGAUAACAAAGAAGCAGCUAAACCAGCAUUUUCAUUUGGUACACCUACUACUGAUUCAACUAAAGAGGCUUCAAAACCUACAAUUUCAUUUGGCUCAUCUGCAACUAAUUCAAAACCAGCUUUUUCAUUUGGUACACCAGCAACUACUACAGAAUCUUCUGAUAAAUCAGCUGCUGCACCAUCGUUUAAUUUUGGUGGUGCUUCAUCAAAUUCUGGCUUCGGUUUUGGUACAAAUUCAGCUGCACCUUCAUCAACCUUCAACUUCUCAUUCAAAUCCUCAUCAGAAACCAAAACAGAUUCUUCGAAUGGUAAUGAUGAUGAAAAAGUUCCAGAAGAAGAAGUUGAAGGAAAUUUCAAACCAGUUGUUCAAUUAACUGAGAAAGUUGAAGAUCAAACAGGGGAAGAAAACGAAGAAACAUUAUAUACCAAAAGAUCCAAAUUGAUGUUAUUCAAUCCAAGUAAUAAAGAACAACCAUAUGAAUCAAAAGGUUUGGGUGAAUUGAAAGUUUUACAGAAUAAAGAUAAUAAAAAAUCAAGAAUAUUGGUGAGAUCAGAUGGUGCAAACAGGGUAUUGUUAAAUGCUGCAAUUCCAAAAGAUUUCAAAUAUGAUACUAUAGGUAAAGGUGAUAGUGUAAGAAUACCAGUUGUUUCAAGUGAGGGUAAAAUUGAAACAUACAUUGCAAGAGUUAAAACACCAGAAGAUGGUUCAAAUCUAUUGAAAGCUCUACAAGAUGCUCAAAAGCAAUAA